AUGCCCGCCCCCCAGGAGCCCAUGCAGCAAGCACCUAUGGAUGCCGCCCCGGCCAACGGUGUCGUCAGCCAGCAGCCGUCCGCUGAGCCCCAACCCGACAUGAACCUCCGCGGUGGUGAGGAGGCCGGUUGCGAGAUCUGCUGCGGUCUCUGCGCCUGCCAGGAGGGCUGCUGCUAA